UCUAUGUGGCCAUCUUUGACGAAUGUGGUUUGAAAGAAGUGUGUUGAAAACGCGUGUGAGUUUCGGAAAUCGCUAAUUUUUGCGAAUUUUGUGCAGCGGCCACUCGGAAGGAGUAUCUUGUGGAACCCUGAUCACAUCCGUGGCGGACAGUGGUUCCAUUGAGCAGUACCGAGUUCGAAUAUAAGCCAAACCCGCAUUGGGCGAAGGUUUUUCCUUUUCGUUCGUUCGUCGGUGUCCGUGUCUUCUUUUUUGGUUCUUUUGUUCCCGUUCCCUGCAGUUUUCGGCACCGGUAGUUUUUACAAAAGAAAAAGGUCUGCCGUUCCGUUUGUCCAUUCCUGACUAGGGUACGGAAUAUCAAAAUCAUUAAACGCAGGAAGUAAUCGUUACGCUACAUCAUAGCGCUUCGUGGAUUUCAUUGGUUUAGUGGAAGGGUAGGAUAAGUGACAGCAAAUAACAAAAAAAUGGCCCAAGAUAACGACUCGAACGAAAUCAGUGCGAAAUUUUCUACAUUAAACGUAAAUGCCUUGGAAUUUGUGCCAAGCUUCGCCAGCUCGGCAGCAUCUGCGGCCGCCGCGGCUGCAGCUGCUGCAGCGUUAGUCACAUCGACGGUAUCUAAUACUACUACUACUACUACUACUACCACCGCCACUGGAGCUUCCUCGUCCGGCGGUGGUAAUUCACCGACUUCCGCCGCGGCUACACCAACGCCACCGUCCAGCAGUGCGGCUCCUGUUCCAAUGGAUGUUAAGGGGGAUGAGGAGGCCAAAACUCCAGAGAAUAAUGAAAGCGAACCUCUUGAUAGCUGGGAUGCUGAAGAAGACUCGAUUUUGACACCGGAAGAUGAAGAGAUGGAGUUGGACGACGUUGAGGUUGACGGUGAAAGCGUAGUUAAGGUAUCCAAAAAGAAGCCCCCGACGGUGGAAGAAAGCAAGAGCAAGAAAGAACAUGUGAAUGUAGUAUUUAUUGGACACGUUGAUGCUGGCAAAUCGACUAUUGGUGGCCAGAUAAUGUCACUUACAGGAAUGGUGGACAAGCGAACGUUGGAAAAGUACGAACGGGAAGCACGUGAAAAGUCCCGAGAAAGCUGGUACUUAUCGUGGGCACUCGACACUAACCAAGAAGAACGCGACAAAGGCAAAACGGUGGAAGUAGGCCGAGCCUAUUUUGAGACUGAAAAGAAACAUUUCACUAUCCUAGAUGCACCAGGACACAAGAGUUUUGUGCCUAAUAUGAUAGGUGGAGCCGCCCAAGCCGAUUUGGCAGUUCUCGUUAUUUCGGCGCGGAAGGGCGAAUUUGAGACAGGCUUUGAUAGGGGAGGGCAGACUCGAGAGCAUGCCAUGUUAGCAAAGACAGCCGGUGUCAAACAUCUGGUGGUGUUGGUUAAUAAAAUGGACGACCCAACUGUGAACUGGGACGUCGAGCGGUACAACGAAUGUAAAGACAAAAUCCUACCAUACCUCAAAAAACUAGGCUUCAACCCUACCAAGGAUCUAACAUUCAUGCCAGUGUCAGGUUUUACCGGUCAAGGCCUCCGAGAGCAGAUUGACGAAUCCGUGUGCCCAUGGUACCGAGGGCCAGCCUUUAUCCCUUUUAUUGACGAGCUGCCUUCGCUGAACCGCAAGACCGAUGGUCCCUUCAUCAUGCCAAUCGUAGAUAAGUACAAGGACAUGGGAACGGUACUAAUGGGCAAGGUUGAAUCAGGAAUGGCGAAGAAAGGAACCAAUCUACUCGUGAUGCCGAAUAGAACACAAGUGUCUGUCGACCAGCUGUGGUCUGAUGACGAGGAAGUUACCGCUGUGGGGCCUGGUGAAAAUGUAAAAAUCAAAGUGAAAGGCAUAGAAGAAGAAGACGUUUCGCCUGGGUUCGUGUUGUGCGAUGCCUCAAAUCCAAUCAAAACCGGCAAAGUUUUUGAUGCGCAAGUAGUUAUCUUAGAACACAAAUCAAUUAUCUGUGCAGGUUACUCGGCGGUAAUGCACAUACAUUGUGCGGCGGAGGAAAUUACAGUUAAGGCUCUUAUUUGCUUAGUGGAUAAGAAGACUGGAGAGAAAUCAAAGACGCGGCCGCGCUUCGUCAAACAAGACCAGGUCGCCAUAAUGAGAAUUGAGUGUUCCGGAUUGAUUUGUCUCGAGCAGUUCAAACUAUUCCCGCAGAUGGGCCGUUUCACGUUGCGGGAUGAAAACAAAACCAUCGCCAUCGGCAAAGUGCUAAAGGUUAUUGAAUAAAUGGUUUUUCGCUAAAGCCAUACACCAGAUGACAUGCAACUGCUUUUGAAAACAAACAGCAACCACGCUAUCUCGUCCUCUGCCGUUGGAAAUUUGUCCUUCUGACGACAAAACGCAAAGAGAUCAUCAGUCAGUAGAGCAAAAACCUAAAACUUCUCGGUAGGCAACUCAAUGUAGUUUUUUGCACGUGCAACGCCUUGUUCUUGUUAUAAUUACUUUUAUUUGGAAAUAUUGCUUUGAAAGCAAGCAAAACUUCUUUACCAGGCUCCGAGAUUAUUUUACAGCGUUCUUUUCGUACUUCGCUACUACAAGUGAAUGGAAGUAAAUCCCGACAAAGAUAUAUUAUGGGCUUAUAAUUACAAUCACCAUGUGCAGUAAAAAAGUAACUAAUUGAGAAUAUUCAAAUCGCGGAAGCGGAGGACUGAACUUAUAUACAAUAAGGAAAUAAGAAAACUACACUUUAAAUCAGUAACAAUUAAACUAAAAUAUAAAAAAAUGGAACAUCAUACGCAUCAGGAACAAUAAUCUUAAUGAUAACACGAUAUUAUAACGACAAAAAAUUCCAAGACAAUUAGGCCAACCGCCCGAGCGAGAGAAGUUCUUGGAACUGUGUGAUAAAACAGCCCGCAGGCGAUUAUGAGUGCACAUUUUAAAGCGAUAUAUCGGCUCUUGGAACAGGGAAGCCAUUUGUACUCGAAGCGUCUCCGGAAAAAAAUCAAGGAAGAACGCGUGAAGAUCGAAGGGAGAAAACGCGCUAAUGAGUAAAUAAAGUCUAUUAAACAAAACCAAUUGUUACUUUCGGUUUGUUUCUUGAUACAAAUUGCUUAUUAUUGUAAGGUUUUUAGCUUUUUGUACAAAAAAUCAUUGUUCGGAAAAUAACUUAUUAAAAACAGAACACAAACAGCAGAAAGCAUCAAUAAAGGACACUGAAUGAGAAUGAAGUAGAAAAAAAACGCAGAGGUCGCUUUUGAAGCCAGAUCCGACAAAAUACCAAGUGCUUCUCGAUUUUUCGAAAUUGUACUGCAUGUAGAAAUGUUUGAUGGCAGUAUUUUGUGUGCAAAACAGUGAAUGAAUGUGAAACGGUCUGUUUGUUGCGAACGUACGCGAUUAGGGCAGCUGGUGCAUGAUGGGCCCAGACAUUUAAUUUGGCAUGACGCCAUUCUGUAAAAUGAAAUAAAAAAAAGGAUGCACGCGAUUAGAAGGCAAAAUGAGAGUUAAUUUAAUUAGGGCUACGCUAUUAAAAACGUUUACACACUCACAAACACAGCAUAAAACAUCCCCGCAAGCAGAGGAAACAUAGGCAGUCGCGUCGAGAGUAGAGUGCAUUGUUGGAUACAUUGACGAGAAUAAGCUACCAGCAGAGACACAAACACACAAUAAAAUUGUAUCGAGAAUAGAAGGAAAAAUCAUGUUAAACGAAUGCCGCAAGCGCAAAACAGAGUAUGGAAAACUAUUCUACAUUUAAUCAAAACAGCAAUGAAAACUCCUUUAACUAAUUAUUAUUGCUAUUUUUCGUUUUUUAUUUGUUUAUCUUUUAAAGAAAAGAAGUAAAAAUAAAACCUCCCAAAAACAUCAA